UCGUGUAUCGUAUCGCGACUUUUCCAAGCGUUCGAACAUAGUCGAUCCUCUACUUUCGCCUACCCGUUGCGUCGAUCGUUGUUCGCCCCGAGCCAUGCGGUUCGGAUUUCACGCCUCGCUCGUUGCUUUCGCGACAUUCGCGAUCGCGAGCGCAUCUUUCGUCGCUGCUGGGACAAGCGGUGCAUCUCCUGGCCGAAUCUUUACGAUAUGCGUGCCCCACAUAUACUGGGAGGAGUGCGCGGAAAUGAUCAAGGAGUCCGCGGUUAGAGGGAUUCCUAUUUCGUGUAUCUCUGGACGCGAUCGGUUGGAAUGCAUCGAUAAGGUUGGAAAGAAGGAGGCUGAUGUCGUAGCCGUCGAUCCGGAAGAUAUGUACAUGGCGGCGCAGAACAACGAGUUGGCCGCGAAAGCGGGAUACAACGUCGUCGAACAGGUGAGGACCAAAGAGGAACCGGACGCGAUCUACCGAUACGAAGCCGUGAGCGUGGUGCACAAGGACUUGCCCAUUGACAACGUGCAGGGAUUGCGCGGACUGAGGUCCUGUCACACCGGCGUAGGACGAAACGUCGGGUACAAGAUACCGAUCACCAAACUUACCGCCAUGGGAGUGUUAAACAACGUUCACGAUCCACAGUAUUCGGCGCGCGAGAACGAGCUGCGCGCCUUGAGCUCGCUCUUCUCCAAAGGAUGCUUGGUCGGCAACUGGUCGCCCGAUCCCGCCAUCAACCAAAGACUCAAGGAAACCUACUCGAACAUGUGCGCUCUUUGCGAGAAACCCGACGUCUGCAACUACCCGGACAUUUAUUCGGGAUACGAGGGUGCUCUGCGGUGUCUCGUCCACAACGGUGGCCAAGUAGCCUGGACCAAGGUGAUCUAUGUGAAGCGUUUCUUCGGCUUGCCUGUCGGCGUCUCCCCGGCGGUUCCCACAUCCGAGAACCCCGCAGACUAUCGAUACUUUUGCCCUGACGGCAGCAAAGUGCCAAUCGAUGAGAACACGAAGCCGUGCACCUGGGCGGCCAGACCUUGGCAAGGAUACAUGACCAACGGUGGCGUCGGUGACGUGCAGGCGUUGCAAAAGGAAUUGACGGAUCUCGGUAAACUUGGAGAACAAGAGAAGGCACCUUGGUGGAAGGACAUUAUGCUUUUGGACAACAAAACUUUGGCCGUUGCAGCACCACCCGUGUCGCCCGUGGACCAUCUCAAGAGCUCGAAAUACUUGGACGUGAUCGAAAGGGAUUCCGGAUCCGUCGGCAAACGCGCCCGCUGGUGCGUCUCGGACCAAGGAGCUUACGAGAAAUGCCAAGCUCUCUCCAAAUCUGCGUUCUCGAGAGACGUAAGGCCGAAGCUAAUGUGUUCGCUCGAAAAGGAUCAGAACGCGUGCCUGAAAGCCCUCCAGGAGGACAAGGCCGAUAUGACGGUGGUCGAGGGCGGUACGGUUCACCGAGCGGUCAAAGAUUUCAACGCCAUACCUAUAAUCGCGGAAUCGUACGGACCAGGCUCGACGGAAUUCGGCGAGAGACCCGCGGUCGCUGUUGUCAAAAAAGGCACUAUCACCGGAUUCGAUGGUUUGAGGGGCAAGAAGUCUUGUCACAGCGGAUACAAGGGCGACUUUGCCGGUUGGGCGGCUCCCGUAAAUACAUUGAAGAAAAAAGGACUGAUAAACUCCGAGAACGACACGGAGGACUUUUUCUCGGGAUCCUGCGCGCCGGGCGCGCCUAUCGAGUCAAAGUUGUGUCAGCAAUGCAUCGGAAACUCGGCAUCGAACAACGAUCAACUUCAGAACGCGGCCAAGUGCAAACGUAACGGCGGGGAAGCCUUCAGCGGUGGAAAGGGAGCCUUAGCGUGCCUAAACGCGAACAAGGGAGACGUGGCGUUCGUACCGCUGACCGCUUUAUCGAGCCUAGAGGAAACGAAUCGAAAAGAGGGCAAGGAAAGUUCGGACUUGGUGCUGCUCUGUCCCGAUGGCGGAACCGCGCCCUCCAACGAAUGGCAGCGAUGCAACUUGGGCGUCGAACCCCCCAGAGUGAUUCUCAGUUCCGCCGGAAAAUCUGUGAACGCCCUGGAUGAACUCACCCAUGGCACAUUGGCGGCCAGUUCUCUGUACGCGAAACGACCGGAUCUCUUGAAUCUUUUCGGCAUCUGGGCGGGCAUGUCCGACGCGCUGUUCAGGAACGACGCCAAGGGUCUCGUCUCCAUCGACAAAUCGUGGAACAAGUGGAACGAAUGGCAAGAGACGCAACGUAGCAACGGUAUUAUACCUUGACUCGUGUAAACGGCCGCUCGAACGAGCGCGACCUCGUUCCUUUCGUAAACAUGUUUAAUAAAACGCUUUGUAAUAGCCA